UAUGCAGAUGAGUCGUUUAGGCACGGCCAUGGACGAGGACGGCGCCGGUCACGCUUUGACCGACUUCUUGUUACAACUAGAGAACUACAAUCCUUCAAUACCAGACUCGGUGGUUGCGUACUACUUGAAUAUGUCUGGCUUCGAAUCUCAAGAUCCUAGGUUAAUCCGUCUGAUAGCGUUGGCGUCACAGAAAUUCCUAUCGGAUGUAGCGAAUGAUGCACUCCAGCACUGCAAGAUGAGAACGUCCAGUCAGAUGACGCAGAGUACUAAAAACCAGAAAGGUCCAAAGGAAAAGAAAUACAUCAUGACAAUGGAGGACUUAGUGCCGGCAUUACAAGAGUACGGCAUCUCAGCCAAGAAACCGCACUACUUCGUCUGAUUGAGGUUAACAGUAUAGCUAAUGGGUUCGGUGAAAGGUAAUUUAAGUCUUUAUGAACAAUAAACGCCUACAUCGACGCAAGUAACGAAGCAGAAUACAUUCAAGUCGGGGGAAUUAGUUAAAUUUAUUUAAAUUGGUGUUUCUGUAUCGGGAUUUGUUUUCAAAUAUUUAAUUAAUGUUAUAACGGACACAUUGUUACAUUUCUAUUCCGUAUAUCGACUGUAAUCUGAAUAUUUGCUUUGUAAUAAAUUAUAAUUGAAACAUUA